AUGGCAUACACUCUUGAGGAAGGCACGAAUCGUCAGCAUGUCUUCACAGCGUACAUCGGUUUUAUGUUGUUGAUCCUCGGCAGCGGAUCGAUCAGCUAUGGAUAUACAGCAGCAAUCAUCGGCACCACACUUGGUCAACCGUCCUUCAUCAACUACUUUGACCUAGCAACACGUUCCAACGCCAGUGCGCUUAUCGGCUCGUUGAACGGAGUUUUCCAGGCUGGAGGCGUUAUUGGCACGCUCUUGCUGCCGAUGAUAGCUGACAGAUACGGCCGGAGAAUGGCUUGCAUUGUGCCAUCCAUCAUCAUCAUCAUCAUCUCCCAAGCCCUUCUUGCCGGUUCGGUGGACGUUGCUAUGUUUAUCGUGUUCCGUUUAUUUGCAGGCUUUGGUUGUUAUGCGACCGCAGCCAUAGUGCCCCUCAUGAUGAGUGAGAUUGUCCCCCCUCGGUUUCGUGGUGCUUGUGUGGACGUGAUGGGGGUUGGGCUCAACGUGGGAUACGCCACGGCAGGAUGGUUAGGCUACGGCUUCUCGUUCUGGAACGGCAAGGGGAGUGGGAAUGCCUGGCACGUACCUCUGGCACUUGGUUGCUUCUUCCCCUUGGUUUUCCUCACAGGUAUAUCCUUCCUGCCGGAGAGUCCCAGCUGGCUCUGCAUGAAAGGCUGCGAGAACGAAGCAGAGGAGGUACUCAAAUGUCUGCACAAGCACCAUUCCGAUCCAGCGGGCGAUCUUGCUCGUGCCGAAUUCUUCCAAGUUCGAGAACAACUUGAACUAGAUAGCCGCUUGGACAACUCCUGGUACCGGCUCUUCACGAAGCCUUCAUACCGGAAACGAGCCGGGCUCGCAAUGCUGACCAUGUUCACUACGCAAACUUCAGGUGUACUCCUUAUCACCAACUAUGCACCCUUGAUUUUCUCGACGAUGGGCUUGGACACGCAUGGGCAACUAUUGAUCCUUGCACUACUUGUCACCAUUGGAAUCGUCGAAAAUGCACUUGCCAUGCUGUUGGUUGAUCGUUUCCCACGACCCAAGUACAUGGCAGUCGGCAUGAUGGGCUGUGUAGCGGCAUUUGCCACAGAGGCAGGCUUGGUGGCUCAAUACGCCGGCUCCAACAACGGCAAUGCGCUCAGAGCCGGUAUCGCCAUGAUGUUCGUAUUUGGCGUCUUCUACAGUUUCGGUAUCGACGGUCCACAAUUCUGUUACUUGACGGAGAUUUUCCCAUCCCACCUUCGCGCCAAGGGUGUCAGUCUCGGUGUUGCUACAUUUUCUUUGACCAACAUCAUCUGGCUCCAAGCUGCACCGACUGCCUUUGCCAACAUCGGCUGGAAGUUUUACCUCUGUCUGGUUAUUCCAAGUUUCUUCUUGGCGCUCAUCAUGUGGUUUUGCUAUCCGGACACCCGUGGAAAGCCAUUGGAGGAGAUUGCUGCCGUAUUUGGGGAUGAUGACGAAGUUGCUGUGCGUCAGGCCGACGUUGAGAUCGACAUGGUCACGCAUGAGAUUCAUGCCAAAGGAGGCAGGGCUGCCUUGACUAUCGAAGAUACUUCAGCCGUUCAUUACGAUGGUGAAAAAUAG